UACUUUAGUAUAUUUAUAGGUUAUAUCUAUAGUCAAUAUUUGUAGGUUAUGUCAGUGUUCUAAAUGUUGUGUCAAUAUAUUUAUAGGUCAUGUCAGUAUAUUUAUAGGUUAUAUCUAAAUAUCAAUUUAUUUACAGGUUAUACAUUUUAAAUUAUGUUAUGAUAAGUUGAAUAAUUAUCGCUAGAUGGCAAUGUUUAUUAAACUUGAAGAAAACGACAUUAAGUACUCCCAAUACGAUUUCUUUGCGAUCAAUACACAAGAAGUUCUAGCCUGUACUUUGUCGGUAGAAGCCGUCGAGACCUCGUGAAAUCAUCACGAGUAUUAUUUAUUAUUAUUAUUUAUACAGAUGCAAAGUGCGUGUCGCUGCCGGACGACAAGAACGAAGGGCUCACGGUGAUUCGCGGCGACGAGGCCAGUGUUUUGGUACCGUUCAAGCAGAACGUCACCCUAAAGUGUGGCAGCAAUGGCCGGUACCUGCGAAACACGGCUACGUCGAGCUUCCGUCAAUGUGUCUACGACCCGAAACCAGGUCUGCCGGACUACUGGUUGUCGGGCUCUCAGCCAGCUUGUCCGAGAGCGGACUGCGGGAAGCCUCUUCCAACGCCUGGCGCCGAGUACGGCCAAUAUUUGGACACCAAGUAUCAAUCGUCCUUCUUCUUCGGCUGUCAGGACACGUUCAAACUGGCCGGCCAAACGAAUCGUCACGACAACGUGGUCAGGUGUCAGGCGAAUGGGAUCUGGGACUUUGGCAACCUUCGAUGCGAAGGUCCCGUUUGCGAGGAUCCCGGACGACCCAGCGACGGGUUCCAGCUGGCCAGAAGCUACGAGCAAGGAUCGGAGGUUCAGUUCGGUUGCAGCAGACCUGGCUACAUUCUGAUCAAUCCACGGCCGAUCGUGUGCGUCCGAGAGCCAGAGUGCAAGGUGGUGAAACCACUUGGACUGGCCUCCGGUCGGAUCCCGGACUCGGCCAUCAACGCGACCUCCGAGAGGCCGAAUUACGAGGCGAGGAACGUUCGUCUGAACUCGGUGACCGGCUGGUGCGGCAAGCAAGAGGCGUUCACGUACGUGAGCGUCGACCUCGGCCAGGUUUACAGGGUGAAGGCGAUUCUGGUGAAGGGGGUGGUGACCAACGACAUCGUCGGCCGGCCAACGGAGAUCCGGUUCUUCUACAAACAGGCCGAGAUCGAGAACUACGUCGUCUACUUUCCCAACUUCAAUCUGACGAUGAGGGACCCGGGCAAUUACGGCGAAUUGGCGAUGAUCACGUUGCCCAAGUACGUGCAGGCUCGGUUCGUCAUUCUUGGGAUUGUCAGCUACAUGGACAACGCGUGUUUGAAGUUCGAACUGAUGGGCUGCGAGGAACCAGUGACGGAGCCGUUGUUGGGCUACGACUACGGGUUCUCGCCUUGCGUGGACAACGAGCCUCCGGUGUUUCAGAAUUGCCCUCAGCAGCCGAUCGUGGUGCAAAAGGGCACGGACGGUGGGUUGCUGCCGGUGAACUUCACCGAACCGACGGCCAUCGAUAACAGCGGCAGCAUCGCGCGAUUAGAGGUGAAGCCUCACAGUUUUAGAACGCCGUUGAGAGUGUUCCAGGACACGGUGGUGAAGUACGUGGCGUUCGAUUACGACGGGAACGUGGCUAUCUGCGAGAUCAACAUCACCGUGCCUGACGUAACGCCGCCGAAGCUCAGCUGUCCCCAGAGCUACGUCAUCGAGUUGAUAGACAAGCAAGAGAGUUACUCGGUGAAUUUCAACGAGACGCGCAGAAGGAUCAACGCCACGGACGUCUCGGGGCCGGUGAAGAUCACGUUCGUCCCGGAAAGGGCGUUGAUACCGGUCGGUGGCUUCGAGAACGUCACCGUUUACGCGACAGACGCCAGUGGCAACAGAGCAUCCUGCCACUUCCAAGUGUCCGUUCAAGCAACGCCUUGCGUCGACUGGGAGCUGAGGCCACCGGCCAACGGAGGAUUGAAGUGCGUCCCCGGUGACAAGGGACUUCAAUGCAUCGCCACAUGCAAGAACGGUUUCCGAUUUACCGACGGCGCGCCGGUAAAAACGUUCACCUGCGAUGUCGUCAAACACUGGACCCCUUCUUCCGUAGUUCCCGACUGUGUCUCGGAAAAUACGCAACAGGCCAACUAUCACGUGGUCGCGGCAGUGACGUACAGAGCCAACGGCGCCGUUUCGAGGUCUUGCCUUCCGCAGUAUCAGGAUCUCAUGUCCCAAUAUUACACGAAUCUGAACAGUAUCUUGACGCAACGUUGCUCCGCCGUGAACGUGAACAUGAACGUGUCGUUCGUGAGAUCAGUGCCGUAUCUGCUCGAGGAGAACGUUUUGAAGAUGGACUUCAUUCUCGUUAUCGUGCCGGCUAUACGUCAACCGCAAUUGUACGAUCUCUGCGGUUCCACGCUGAACUUGAUCUUUGACCUGUCAGUUCCAUCGACCAGCGCGGUGAUAGAACCGUUGUUGAACGUUUCUGCCAUCGGGAAUCAAUGUCCACCUCUUAGAGCUUUAAAGUCGUCCAUCACCCGAGGCUUCACUUGCAGCAUCGGCGAAGUUUUGAACAUGGACACCAACGACGUUCCACGAUGUCAACUUGGAUCGAAGCUUAUGAAACCUCUCUCGGUUGCAGUGCACUGUCCAGCCGGGACAUUCGCCGGGGAGAAGCAGAAACAGUGUACGUCUUGUCCGAAAGGCUUCUACCAGAACAGCGAUCGGCAAGGAUCUUGUUUGCGUUGUCCAUUCGGCACGUACACGCGAGAAGAAGGUUCCAAGAGUAUAGACGACUGUAUCCCGGUAUGCGGGUACGGCACGUACUCGCCUACGGGUCUCGUGCCGUGUCUCGAGUGUCCCAGGAACAGUUACACGGGAGAAGCGCCGGUCGGUGGCUACAAGGACUGCCAGACUUGCCCGGCAGGGACCUUUACCUACCAACCGGCAGCACCGGGUCGAGAUCGGUGCAGAGCCAAGUGUUCACCUGGCAUGUACUCCGACACGGGGCUGGCUCCGUGCGCGCAGUGUCCCAAGGACUUCUUCCAGCCUCAACACGGGGCCACCACCUGCGUCGAGUGUCCAACGAACAUGUACACAGACGGUCCGGGCGCGGUCGGUAGAGAAGAGUGCAAGCCGGUGCAGUGUACCGACAGCGUGUGCCAACACGGAGGCCUGUGCGUGCCGAUGGGCCACGGUGUCCAGUGCCUCUGCCCUGCCGGCUUCUCCGGCAGGCGUUGCGAGAUCGACAUCGACGAGUGUGCCUCCCAGCCUUGUUACAACGCAGCCACGUGCAUAGACUUGCCUCAGGGGUACAGGUGUCAGUGCGCCAACGGGUAUUCCGGCAUCAACUGUCAGGAGGAGAAGUCGGACUGUUCGAACGACACGUGUCCUGAGAGGGCGAUGUGCAAGGACGAGCCUGGCUUCAACAACUACACGUGCCUCUGUCGAUCCGGCUACACCGGUGUCGACUGUGACAUCACCAUAAACCCUUGCACAGCCAGUGGGAAUCCUUGCAACAACGGGGCCACCUGCGUGGCGUUGCAGCAGGGCCGUUACAAGUGCGACUGCCUGCCAGGCUGGGAAGGCCAGAGCUGCGAGAUCAACACGGACGACUGUGCGGAGAAACCGUGCCUGCUAACUGCCAACUGCACGGAUCUGAUAGCCGACUUCAGCUGCGACUGUCCACCAGGAUUCACUGGCAAGCGGUGCCACGAGAAGAUAGACCUGUGCUCGGGGAACCCCUGCCUGAACGGGAUAUGCGUGGACAAUCUGUUCGGCCACGAGUGCAUCUGUCAUCCUGGAUGGAGCGGGGCGGCUUGCGAGACGAAUAUAAACGAAUGCUCGGGCAAACCAUGCCGGAACAACGGCCAGUGUAUCGACCAGGUCGACGGAUACACGUGCACCUGCGAGCCAGGCUACACAGGCAAACAGUGUCAACACACCAUCGACGACUGUGCCUCCGAUCCUUGCCAAAACGGAGGGACCUGCGUCGACCAGUUGGAGGGGUUCGUUUGCAAGUGCAGACCGGGCUUCGUCGGGCUGCAGUGCGAGGCAGAAUUGGACGAGUGUCUCAGCGACCCGUGCAGCCCUGUUGGUACGGAUCGUUGCGUCGACUUGGACAACACUUUCGUCUGCCACUGUCGCGAAGGCUACACCGGCUCGGCGUGCGAGGUCAACAUCGACGACUGUGCCUCGGACCCUUGUCUGAACGGGGCCACGUGCAGGGACGAGGUCGGCGGGUUCAAGUGCAUGUGCCCUGAAGGUUGGACCGGCAUUCAUUGCCAGAUAGACGUCGGCAUGUGCCAGAAUCAUCCUUGCCAGAACGACGCGGCCUGCGUAGACCUGUUCAUGGACUACUUCUGCGUAUGCCCGUCAGGAACGGACGGGAAACAAUGCGAGACCGCGCCAGAACGUUGCAUCGGCAAUCCAUGCAUGCACAACGGACGCUGCCAGGACUUUGGCUCCGGGCUCAACUGUACCUGCCCCGACGACUAUACCGGCAUCGGAUGGAAAACCUGCGAGGAUGAUAUAAUCGACUGCAAAGAGAAUUCGUGUCCACCGUCGGCUACGUGCAUCGAUCUUACCGGCAAGUUCUUCUGCCAGUGUCCUUUCAACUUGACCGGCGACGAUUGCAGAAAAUCCAUUCAAGUUGAUUACGACUUGUACUUCAGCGAUCCAGUGCGUAGCAGCGCAGCCCAAGUGAUUCCGUUCUUCACUGGGGCAACAAAGAGCCUAACGGUGGCCAUGUGGGUGCAGUAUAUUCAGAAAGACGAGGUUGGAAUAUUCUUCACCCUUUAUGCAGUGAGCUCUCCGCACGUUCCAACAAACAAAAGACUUAUGAUCCAAGCACACAGCAAUGGAGUCCAAGUGUCGCUGUUCCACGAUUUGCAAGACGUUUACCUGCCGUUCAGGGAAUACGCGACGAUUAAUGAUGGCCAGUGGCAUCACGUUGCCGUGGUUUGGAACGGUGAAAAUGGCGGCGAGUUGGUCUUGAUAACGGAAGGUCUAAUCGCCAGCAAGACGGAAGGUUACGGAAGUGGAAGAUCUCUUCCCGCAUACGCUUGGGCGGUGCUGGGCAAGCCACAGAGCGAGAACACGAAAGGCUACACGGAGUCAGGCUUCCAAGGACACCUGACAAAAGUCCAGAUCUGGAGUCGGGCGCUGCACGUGACGAACGAGAUUCAGAAGCAAGUGCGCGACUGUCGCACCGAGCCGGUUCUUUACCAAGGUUUGGUCCUGACUUGGGCAGGCUACGACGACACGGUCGGAGGAGUGGAGAGGGUCGUGCCGUCGCACUGUGGCCAAAGGGUCUGCCCACCGGGAUACGGCGGCACCAAGUGUCAACAGCUGGAGUCCGACAAGAUUCCACCGAGAGUUGAAUACUGUCCAGGCGAUCUCUGGGUGAUCGCGAAGAACGGCUCGGCGAUAGUCAGCUGGGACGAGCCGAAAUUCAUCGACAACGUCGGGAUCGCGAGGAUCCAGGAGAAGAACGGGCACAGAUCGGGGCAGACGUUGAUGUGGGGGACGUACGAUAUCAGCUACGUGGCAUACGAUCAAGCCGGGAACUCUGCCAGCUGCAACUUCAAGGUCUACGUGUUGUCCGACUUCUGCCCGGAGUUGGCCGAUCCAAUCGGUGGGACGCAACAGUGCAAAGACUGGGGCUCCGGCGGUCAGUUCAAAGUCUGCGAGAUCUUCUGCAAUCCGGGACUUAGAUUCUCACAGGAAGUACCGAAAUUCUACACAUGCGGCGCCGAAGGUGCGACACCAGCGCAGCGCGUGUUCAGAAUCAGAAUGAACUUCCCAACGUCGGUAUUGUGCAACGAGGCCGGCCAAGGAGUGCUGAAGAAGAAAGUUCGAGACGCGGUGAAUUCUCUGAACAGAGACUGGAACUUCUGUUCGUACUCGUACGAAGGGACUCGCGAGUGCAAGGACCUGCAGAUCGACGUGCAAUGCGAUCAUCGGGUACGCACGACCAGAGACGCGAACGAGGAAGACGGUGGAACCUACAUAAUCUCCGCGGUAGUGCCAGCCGAA